AUGGCCAAAACAAAGAAUGUGCUGGCCGUGGCGCCCAAGGCCAUCGACCCCACGCUCGACGCUCUGUUCGCAUCCAGUGCUGGACCUGUAACGGCUCCCUCAAAACCCCGGCUGGGAGCGCCGCCGACAAAGAAGAGCGCCAGCUCCGGCAAAUCAAGCAAAGAAGAUGAAGACGAUGACGACGACGAGGGCGACGAUGAGGUGCUGUCCGAGAUCAGCGAGGAGCUGGACUAUGGCGAUGACGACGACGACGACGAUGCCGAGCAAGAAGAAGGAUCAGACGACAACGCCGCUGAAGAGCAAGAGGGUGCUGAAAGCAAGGACGGCAGCGGCGACGAAGAUGCCAUGUCGGUAACAUUGGAGGCGACCGCCACAGAAGAGCAGGCCAAGAGCAAGCGGGACAGGAAACGCAAGAGAAAGCACGACAACGACGAUCUGGAAGAGAAAUACCUCGCCAAGCUUGCGGAUGACGAUGAGCCCGAGCCGUCUGGCAAGCGCCUGAAAGGACAAGAGGAGGAUGCCGACAAGGACAGCGAUGACGAGCAGCCCGUGCACGAGUCUCUCACGCAAGAGAGCAAGCAGUCCGAGAUGGAAAAGGCCGCGCGAACCGUGUUCCUGGGUAACGUUGCCACGGAGGCCAUCUCAUCCAAGUCAGCCAAGAAAGAGCUCAUGAAGCAUCUCGCGUCCGUCCUCGACAAGGACGCCUCGCCGCCAGAGAAGAUCGAGUCCCUGCGUUUCCGUUCCGUUGCUUUCUCCACGGGCUCCAUGCCCAAGCGAGCAGCCUACAUCACAAAAUCCUUGAUGGACGCCACGACCAAGUCCACAAACGCAUACGCAGUCUUUUCCACCCCUGCCGCCGUCCGAAAGGUGGUUGCGGAGCUCAAUGGAACGGAAGUCCUGGGUCGCCACAUUCGGGUGGACAGCGUGGCACACCCAAGCCCGAUGAACCACCGUGCCUGCGUCUUUGUCGGAAACCUUGGCUUCGUGGACGACGAAACCGUGAUCAGUCAAAAGGCUGGUGGAGAGACUGUUGAAAAGAAGCGCAACAAGGUGCCUUCCGACAUCGAAGAAGGCCUCUGGCGCACCUUCGGCACCCAAGGCAAGGUUGAGAACGUCCGUGUUGUUCGCGACUCCAAGACCCGAGUAGGCAAGGGCUUCGCAUAUGUGCAGUUUUAUGACGCCAAUGAUGUCGAGGCCGCUCUCCUGCUCAACGGGAAAAAGUUUCCCCCCAUGCUUCCCCGUCCGCUGCGUGUAACGAGGGCAAAGGAUCCGCGCAAGACGGCCCAGGCAGUCGAGCGGGCCAGGUCCAAGGCAGAUGUCGCCGACGGCGCUAGCCGCAGCACAAAGUACAAGCCCAAGGCGACGCCAGAGCAGCAGGCGGCUGCCGGGCGAGCCCGCAAGCUGCUGGGCCGGUCCGCGGCCGCGAAGCAGCGUCACGGCGGCAAGAGGUCGUUCCCAGCGGCCACCGCAAAGGACAGUGAGGGUGAGGGUCAGGGUGAGGCGGCGGCCAACGGCAUCAUCAAGAGCCCGGAGCGUAUCAUUUUUGAGGGGCGGCGAGCCUCGUCCAGGGACGGGCUUCCCAAGGACCUCAAAAUCGGCAAGAAACACAAGAAGAAGGCGGGCAGGCCGCAGAACCGGAGCGCUAAGAGGGCGGCGGCGUGGAAGAAGAAAUGA